UCCCCAGUCGUUCGAAAGCGCUUCUCGUUUCAGUUUCAGUCGAGCAAUCGUCGUGCACGUGUCUAUCAUCCUCUAGGUCGUCAAUACACGCUCACGUCGUGUUCACCCCAUCGUCGUUAUCUCUCUUCUCAUCCACCCUCGGAUAAUGUGCGGCUAAUUGGGGGAUGGUGCGGCGCUCGUCCACCAUUCGCGGUAAAAACCAAACGAUGCAAUAACGAGCCAUUGUCCACGUCGCAAGGGGUGGUCAUGGAAGCGGAUCCCCCUAGGAAGAGCCAGGGGUGCGCGCCCCGAGUGGGCCUGGGGCUGGUGGUGUGUGUUCUGUGUGUGGUGAGUGUGUACAACGGGUGGCGGCAGGUCCUCCUCCAAGACAGAGUGGCGCUGCUGGAGGAGCGGCUGCGGCUGGUGGAGAGACGCGCCGUCGAGGGUGCGGAUGUGCUGGUGGAGAGGUUUAAGCGGGAGGCGGCGGACCAGCUGAAGCGGAGGGUGCAGCGGGAUGUGGAGGCACGUGGAGUUGACAGGAGCGAGAGGGAGGCUCCCGAGUGCAUCUGUCCAGCAGGCCCUCCAGGCCCCCCAGGCCCACCCGGCCCGCCCGGGAAGCGCGGCAGGAAGGGCAAGAAGGGCGAUGUGGGAGACGCCGGCCCUCCGGGUUCCGCUGGGGCGCCGGGCAAGAACGGCUUUCCGGGUGACAAGGGUCAGAAAGGCGAUAUGGGCUACAUGGGUCCGACAGGGGUGCGCGGAUUUCCGGGAUUUCCGGGGCCUAUUGGAUUAGACGGCCCGAAGGGCGAUCCUGGCCGGCCUGGCGAUAAGGGACAAAAGGGCGAUGUCGGUAACCCCGGUUUCGACGUGUUUCAGGCAGUCAAACAGCCUGGAAGGGGUUUAAAAAGAUCAGUAACGACGUUACGCGGAGGCACCCUGGGCUACGCCGAGAUCGUAGCCGUGAAGGGGCUUCAAGAAAGGGGGCAUAACAUUUCGGGCGAAACUAUCAUCACACUCAAAGGCGAACCGGGCGAGCCGGGCCCCCCAGGGCCCCCGGGGCCGCCAGGCUCCGAAGGCCUCCCAGGCCACGACGGACGGCAAGGCAUUCCAGGCGAACCCGGCCCCCCAGGAGACAGGGGCGAACCCGGCCCCAUGGGCCCCAUAGGCCCCCCCGGAAUCGACGGACUCCAAGGACCGAAGGGGGACAGGGGGGUUAUUGGCAUGAUGGGGGCUCCGGGAUUUCCGGGACUUCCCGGCCAUAUGGGCCUUCCAGGUAUUCCGGGGCGCAACGGAACCAAAGGCGAGCGAGGCGAAAAGGGCGACAAGGGCGAACGAGGGCUUACGACCACUGUCAAUGGGGAGUUCCCCACAGGUUUGGUUGAAGGGCCACCAGGACCACCAGGACCUCCGGGUGAAAAAGGUGAAUCCGGACCUGUAGGCCCCCCUGGUUUGCCUGGCGAAAAGGGCGCCCGAGGCCGGCGUGGAAAACGGGGUCGAGACGGAGUGGCCCUUGGGCAAGGCCCACCAGGUCCAAAGGGUGACUCAGGUGAACCAGGGCCCAAAGGUGAUAAGGGCGAUAAAGGGUUUACCGGCUUUCCAGGUCCCAAGGGCGACAUGGGCUUGAUGGGAACCCCUGGGGAAGCCGGCGUCAACGGCGAACCCGGCCCUCAAGGCCCUCCAGGGCUUCCGGGUCAAGUGGGCCCCAAGGGCGAAAAGGGCGAGUACGGCGACAUAGGCCCCCCGGGUCUCAUGGGUCCGCCGGGUCUCCCGGGCCCGCCCGGCUACCCCGGACAAAAGGGCGAAAAGGGCGAGAAAGGCGAAUCAAAAUACAAAAAGCUGCGUCGAAGACAGGGAGACGGCACUGGGGAGAUAACCACCGGGGAGGUGAUCAUGGGCCCUCCGGGCCCCCCUGGCCCCCCGGGCCAGAACGGCCUCCAGGGCCCUCCUGGGAUUAAAGGGGACCGGGGCAUGGAUGGGAUAAAGGGCGAACCGGGCGAAAAGGGCGCUAAGGGCGAUCCGGGACCGAUGGGUCUUCCUGGUCCCAUGGGUCUGAGGGGCGAGAGUGGCCGACCGGGUGAUUAUGGGAAGCCAGGGCCGAUGGGUCCGCCCGGACUCGACGGAAUGAAAGGCGCCCAAGGGGAGCCCGGGAGCAAGGGCGAGCGCGGCGACCCCGGCCUGCCUGGAACUGACGGGAUUCCGGGUCAAGAGGGUCCGAAGGGAGACAAGGGUUUCAAGGGCGAUUCUGGUCCGAUCGGGAAAAGGGGACGCAAGGGAGAUAAGGGCGAUAAGGGCGACCAGGGGGUUCCCGGACUUGACGCCCCAUGUCCGCUGGGACCUGAUGGGCUUCCGCUGCCGGGUUGUGGAUGGAGACCACCGAAGGAGGUGAUUCCCCCGGCGCCACCGGCACCAGUCGACUUUGAUGUGGAGGAUCCGAUCGAUGAGGGAGAGGAUGACUAUGAAGAAGCGGAGGAAGAUUACGAAUAUCCCGAUCAGAUGAAUGCUGCACUUCCGGUUUCCGCUUCAGCCAUUUAACAUUUAAUUACACUGCUUGUGUGUCUAAAGCUAUAACCUAGUUGUUGUGAAGCUCAAGCUGGAUUCAGGACGCAAUUUUCACGUACUUAUCAGUGGACAGUGAUUGUGUUGUAAAUAAAAGUGUUACAAAUGACGAAACGUGCGCUAACCAAGUUUAACUAAUUUAUUAGAUGUAGUUAAUAGUUUUUUACUGUUCAUAUGUGUCAUUAUGUUCCUCAUAAUCAUAAUCAUAUUUUUUGAAAAGUGUACAAAAAAUAUCGUAUGUAUUUUAGGCUAGAUUAGAUGUAAGGUAAAGUAGAGUUAAAUUAGGACUAACGUUCGAAAAUAAAUAAUGUUUCUUUUUCUAA